GCAAAAAUGACAACAUCUGAUAAAGGCAAUGUGGAUGUUUGCACCAGCUCUGCAAUUCUCUAGCAUCAUGCAGACAGAUGAGAUUGUGUUCCUGCAGCAGAGCUUCACUCCGUCUCUAAUCAGCAGCAGAUCUUACAGCUGGAAACUUAGGAUCUAAACAGGAGAUUCCCGUACUUCACGAAGGUUGAUUUUUCUCAAUGAACGAAAUGAUGGACAUCUGGAGAGCAGAGAAAAUAAUUCUACUCUGCUUUCUUUUGAAAGGUGUUUGCUGUAGAGAUUUUAGUGUCACUCUGCCAGAGAAGACUGAAGCUCUCGGUGGAUCCUGUGUGAUCAUAAAGUGCACUUUUGAGAUUAAAGGAGAAUUUGACCAACACCUACAUGAGAAUGAUGCUACAGGACUGUGGCUCAAAGAUGGAACUAAUGAUGUUACACAUCAAGUGUUUAACUCCAGAGAUCCCAAACCUAAUCACUUUAAUGGGAAAAUAACUGGAAAACUACAUGAGAAGGACUGCACCACUAUCUUUUAUAAUGUUAGCUCAAAGCACAAUGGUACAUAUUACUUCAGGAUUAUGAGUGGAAAUCUGAAAUACACCUACAAACAAAACUUCUCCACUAUAAAAGUCAUUGAGUCUCCUCCCAAACGCAGAGUGCAGCUGUAUGUGGAGCAGAAGGAGGUGCAGGGUCAGGAGGAGGUGUUGGAGGUGUUGGAGGGGAGCUCUGUGAGUCUGCGCUGCUCUGCUGAGACUCUCUGCUCCUCUCCUCCACCAACUCUCACAUGGAGCUCCACUCCCAGAAUCCCCCUCAGUGAGAGCAGCAGACUACAGGAGCUCAUCUCUGAUCUGAACUUCACUGCUACUCACCGUGAGGACGGAGUCACUUUCACCUGCACUAUAACCUACCAGCUACAGGACAAGAACAAAACAGAACAGGACAACAUCACGCUACGUGUUCAGUAUUCGCCCCAAAACAUAGAACUGUCUGUGCUUCCCUCCAGCUGUGUGUUGGAGGGCAGUUCAGUGACUCUGAUCUGCAGCAGUGAUGCAAAUCCAGCAGCGAACUACACCUGGUCCAGAGAGAGUGAAGGACAGUUGAAGCAGCUGCAGACUGUAGACACUCUUACCUUCAAUAGGACCGACCCGACACACAGAGGCUGGUACCACUGUACAGCUCAGAACCAACAUGGACACCACAACUCAUCAGUGAUGCUGGACAUUCAGUACGCCCCUAAAAUCUCUCCAUUCUCCAGCUGUAGCAGAACUGAUGUAACUGUGUGUUUCUGUGAGGCUGAUGGAAAUCCCUCUCCUGAACUGGAGUGGCAUCUGCCUGGAUGUCCUGUCACUAACUCUUCAAACACGUCCAUCAGUGAAGAGCGAUUGAGCAGCACAGGCUUGAGGAGCUUCAUCACUCUUCAUCAGUCUUUCACAAACUCAUCCACUCUACAGUGUGUCAGCAGAAACACUCGAGGAACUGCAAGUCAACUUUUUAAUUUGCUUCAUGUCACUCCUCAACUGUCAGGUUUCCAUCAUUUCUCUUUUUGGGUUGGAGCUGCUGGUGGGGCUACUGUGGUGAUGGUCUUUUGUGGCAUUUUACUUCACUGUGCAAGAAAAGAAAGCAACACAAGACGUGAUGAUGGCCCUGGACUCACUCUGAAUGACUGGAGGGACGAGGAGGAUGUUUACGCCAAUAGCGCCAUGCUGUCACCAAAUGGAGCUGCCACCCAGAAUCAUAAAAGAGAACCUCUCCAUUAUGCCUCCAUUGACUUCACAAACUUCCAACCAGAGUCAGAAGAGAUCAGGGGCAUCUCCUCGCUGACAACAGACUACGCUGUGAUCCGAUGUGAUCCUGGUGAAGUAUCAGAGGCAGAGAGCGCAAUAAGAGUUGAUCAGCCCAACAGCAGCAUCUCAUGUGUAAUGAAGUCUGAGGAAAACGAGACCAUACUAGAGCAGGAGGCAAAUAUCAGAGAAGAGUUCUCCCAGCCAGCAGAAGAUACAACUUAUGAAAGCAUUACCAUCUGAGCUAGAAUUGCUCUCACAAUCAGUGUUUUCCCAUGUAAUUACAUAGAAUAUUGACUGGAGCUUUCAAGCAUGAAACAGAAGCUAAUAAAAAUAAAAAAGGUUAUCUGGAUUAUAUACUAUACUAUAUUAUAUUUUUUAUCAAUAUUUACAAUGGAUAUUUACAUGGCUUUAUAAAGGGGUCAUGAACUGCCAUUUUUUUUGUUUUGCACUUAUAAUUUUAUCAAGAUUUUUUCCAUCAAAGACUUAACAAUAUAGAAGUAAUAAGUUAUUUAAUGUCUUGGUUUUAACCCCCUAAUCAGAAAGCUCAUUGCUAUGAUUGGCUAUUGGUUGUGAUUGUUUUACAGCAUACAUUCCUCAUCGAUGGACACUGAUUUAGGUCAAAAACGCAUAAACACAAUGCAAACACUGUUUUUCCAUUUGCCACUGGUACUGCAUAGCAUCUUGUUGUCUUUAGAGCAUCUUUAUUAUUAGGUUUCUUUAUAGAAAUGUUCAUUAAUUUAUUUCAUAAAUGCUAAAUGCGCAGAUUGGUGGGCAUUGCUAAAUAAGCAGUGAUGCAGAAGCAGACAUUGAUCUUUUUUUGUGGAGGCAGAAUUUAGCCACACUAUCAUGAACAUCCCAAAAGCUGUUGUUUUGGCAGACUGCCUUCAAUAUAAGCUGUUUUUAUAGUACAAAUCUUAUGUCAAAAGGUCAAGGGAAUUUUAGUUUCUCAGGUUAUGACCCCAUUCCAUAUCUGAUUAGAUUGUAUCAACUUCAGAUCAGGGAAUAAUGUUAUAUACAAUACAUUUAUUUUGUGUGAACAGCUGUAAAAUUCAUAUAGUUGUCACACACCUGGACUCAUUUAAUGUGUUUUUGCCCGUGACCCAGUUUCUGUCUUUCCGUGUUUGAUUAGUU